CGCACUGGCAGCAGACUGGAUGGAGCUGAGUGAAGUGGAGACUUCAGCCCUGCUAGUAAGCGCGUUUUGACAGCGGAAUUCAAGGCUUGCGGUGGUUCCUGCUGGAUUCAACUCUUCGUCAGUCAAGUCUCGUGAGGAGCGUGUUACUAUCUGCUCGGAACGCUAGCUGGCAUGAGCUAACAUGGAAACCAAACCUUUCUUGUCUCUAGGGCUCCUGAAAACCCCGUGCUCUGCAGCGCCACCCUGUCUGCGGGGCAGCUCCCCCACUGGCUGCUCCUGCUUCACGGGCGUGUGCCCGCUGCACCAGCGCAGGAUAUCCACAGACUCAUCAGGCCAGCUCUCCUCCUCUCCUCUUAGCUCUCCAACGGGUCACCGGGCCAUGGGCCCCCACCCUCUACAUCCGUCCCUGCUCACCCCAUCCUCCAUAGGUUCCACCCCAGGUCAGCUUCACUCGCCCAUUAAUGGCCUGGCUUCUCCUUUUCCUGUCAUCAGCUCUCCCAUGGGUCACCCCUCCAUGACUGGGCCCUCAUCCACCAGUAUGGCCUUCGGACCCAAUCUUAGUCCGCAGCUAAGCUCCCCCAUGACUUCUGUCAGCAGCCUAGAAGACAUUAAACCUCCUCUGGGUCUGAACGGGGUCAUGAAGGUUCCAGCCCAACCAACCGGCACCUCACUGUCUCUCACCAAACACAUCUGCGCCAUCUGCGGAGACCGCUCCUCAGGUAAACACUAUGGGGUGUACAGCUGUGAAGGCUGCAAAGGCUUCUUCAAGCGGACGGUGAGGAAAGACCUGACGUACACCUGCCGGGACGACAAGAACUGUCUGAUAGACAAGCGCCAGCGCAACCGCUGUCAGUACUGCCGCUACCAGAAAUGCCUGGCCAUGGGAAUGAAGAGAGAAGCUGUCCAGGAGGAACGUCAACGGGCGAAAGAAAGAAGCGAGGCUGAGCUAGAGCUGGCCGGCUGCUCUAGUGAGGACAUGCCGGUGGAGAAGAUUCUGGAAGCUGAGCUGGCAGUGGAGCCUAAAACUGAAACCUAUGUGGAGGGCAACCUUUGUGCUCCAGCCAACUCUCCCAACGACCCUGUCACAAAUAUCUGCCAAGCUGCAGAUAAACAGCUCUUUACGUUAGUGGAGUGGGCCAAAAGGAUACCACACUUUUCUGAACUCCCUCUAGACGACCAAGUCAUCCUCUUACGAGCAGGGUGGAAUGAGCUCCUCAUAGCUUCUUUCUCGCACCGCUCUAUAAGUGUGAAAGAUGGCAUAUUGUUAGCAACAGGCCUCCAUGUCCAUAGAAACAGUGCACACAGUGCAGGAGUAGGCGCCAUUUUUGACAGAGUGCUGACAGAGUUGGUGUCUAAGAUGCGAGACAUGCAGAUGGACAAGUCUGAGCUUGGAUGCCUGCGAGCAAUUGUUCUUUUCAAUCCAGACUCUAAGGGCCUGUCCAACCCAGCAGAGGUGGAGGCACUUAGAGAGAGAGUCUACGCUUCACUGGAGUCCUACUGCAAACAGAAAUAUCCAGACCAACCCGGAAGAUUUGCCAAACUGUUACUUCGACUGCCUGCUCUGCGAUCCAUCGGCCUGAAGUGUCUGGAGCAUCUGUUUUUCUUCAAAUUAAUUGGAGACACACCCAUCGACACUUUUCUGAUGGAAAUGCUAGAAGCGCCACACCAAAUGACAUAAUGGAAGAGUGCCUCAGAUCACCCUUGACAAUGUUUCGCAGAAUCUCUCUACAGAAUGACGACGCAUGUGCAGCCUUAUGCACAGACCACCUCGAGAGGCCAUGACAGGAUGCAUCUCAGUGAAGCCUGCUUUAUCUAGUCUGAGGAACAGCUUACCUAACAGUCCAAGAGACAUGAGAACUACAAGCAGUUCUGCUUUGGUGCUUCACCUUUGGAAUUUCUAAAUCAAAUUAAUUGCAUAAAAGACCUUUACCUAUGGAAUAAUUUAUAGGGAAGACAGAUUAAGAGAGUCAUUGCUGGUAUGCAUGAGUUCAUGCUUGGGAGGUUACACAAAGUUGGUUCUAUGGAUUUUUAGAAGAUAAGAACUCCUAAGGUCUAAUGAUUUCUUGUUUAUUCUGCCUCAUGGAGGCCUACCUCUGCAUUCCAUUCUUUUCAUGGUCAAACAGUUUCAUCUUUGUACACAUUCAUGUCAGCGUGUGUAGGUUUGAUGAAAGAAUGCAAAACACUCGCAUUACCUCUUAUAUGCCUCUCGGUACCAUGUGACUCCUUUUUCCGACACCUCAUCACUGCCUUUCGGUUAUGGACUGUACUGUAUGUGCGUAAUAUUCAGUGUUAAUCGUAUGUAAUUUGCAAAUUUUUAAUUUGGUAUCUGGAAUUCUGGAGGUAGAUACAAGAGAAAUGAAUGGUUGUAUUUCCAGCACUUAACUGUUUUUUUUUUUUUUUUUUUUGUCAAACAGUGUUGACAUUAGCAAGGCUGCCAGAAGUCAGUCCCCAGAAGGAGGAAACUGCAGUGUUGUUUGGCCGUAGUAGAAAGUACUUCUCUUUUUGGAAGAGGUAUAUAAAUGACAGAAUGGUCUAGCAAGAAUAAGAAGCAGGUGUGCUCUUGGCCCGACUCAAGUUUUAUUCUAGAAAAAAAACAAUGAUUCAUUGUUAGAGUUGUGUAAAAUAUUUAGAAGACGUUCGAUUUCUCAAUUGUUUUGCCUCUAUAAUUCAUCUCAAUUAUAUAUCAAGCAUUUCCAAAGAUUUUCAAUGCGUUUAUAUAUCAUCUGAUGAUUCCCAGCAAGGCAGCAUUUGUGCUAUGAAAAUAUGCAAUUAGUUAAGAGAAUCCAGAUGAUGGUCUGGCCUCAGGGAUAUGUAAGGUUUGGGAAGAGCUUAGUAUGCCCCCUAGUGUUUAAGAGGUGACGGUACAGCUUAGACAGUGAAUCAUUGUCUAAACUUUUAACAGUGAAUCGUUUUGAAUUUCAAAAUAAAAAAAAAGCAUUGUUUGUCAGAUUUGGCCAGCAUUGCAAAAUGACCAUUUUCAGACCUCAGGUUGAUGCAAUAGUAUGAAACGUGCUGAAACAAAUUUUGUAUGUAGUAAUAUUAGUCCUGUUGUGCAAUGACUUUUGCGUAAGAUAAGGAACAAAAGAACAGUGAAUUGUGAUGUUUGCCGAAAGCCACUCUGCAAAGGAACCUCUAAAAUUGCCGGCUGAGCCAAGCUUAACUAAAACAGUGUUCUAAUGACAAAAAAUGAUGAUAUUGAAGUUGGACAGUGCAGAGUGGCUGAUCAAUCACCAGUAUCAAUAGUCACAUUUUUAACUCAGUGAAAGUAGAGGCUACCACUCAGGCUCUUAUACAUUUUCUUCACACAAGAAAACAAAAAAAGAGUUAUUAAUAAAGGAAUCUGCUCAUAUGUUGCCCAGAGUGAAAUGUUUUUACCAGAUUUUGUUUUAGCCCAAAAUCUUUGCCUAAAGCCCCUCGGUAUCAAAUCAUUUUAAAUUCUUUGGGCUUUAAACUGCACCAUACCAGCGAACAGAUAAGAAGAACAUAACACCUCUUCUUGUAAUUCCAGCCCAAUAGUCUAAAAGUCUGACUCUGGAAAAGUCCUGGGUAGUGGAUGAAAACCUGGCGGGCAAGUCAUACAGGGUUUACUAGACCAACUGAGACAGCUCAUAGCAUCCUGCUGCAGCUACUCUGUGUUUGAUGGGCUUUCCCCAAGAAAAUCCAGGUCAUCGUGUUAGCAAAUAAUAAGAGAUGGAUUUAAAGAAAAAAUCUAUUUUUGUACAAUUGUAAUUUUAACCUUUUAUUCCAUUGCAGCUGUCUUUAAUUCUGUUGAAUGUUGCAUACAUUAUUGGUGUAAAUGUUGAUUUUUAAAAUGGAGGGGAGCAUGCCCUAAGAACAGGACUAAGAGAGAGGCUGCCAUUUAAAUUUUUCCCCAGUUAUUUUGCUACUUUUGUGUCAUUGGGCUUCACCUGGAAAUUGCGGAAAACUUUUUUAUAUAUUAGAAAAUGAGAGUGAAUUGUGUGUUGCCCUAUCAUACAAUGUUUAUUGUUAAAAGGACUAUUAAAUUCUCAAUUCUGAACAACAUUGUGUUGUCUUCCUUAAAGUUCAAUAGAAUGAGUCAUUAGAUUUCUCUAUAUAUUACAUAAGUACAAACAAAAUAAAAGGAAACUUCACAUAAAUACAUUUUAAAGUCCACUACAAUUGUACAUCUAUUCCAUAGCUUCUCACACAAGCUAGAUAUGGUAGGCAGAAUACUGAAAUAAGCUUAAACUCAAAAGGACUGCAAAGGAAAA